AUGGGCUGCAUGGGCUCCAAGACCAGCAAGAGCGCCGGGGCGGAGGGGGUUCGCAACAAGCCCGUCGAGCAGCCGCAGGCGGCGCAGACCUCUGCGCCGAAGGGGAAGAAGUCGUUCCGGCGCUUCCUGGAGCAAAAGACUGAGGACAUCACCACACAAUGGGAGCUGGGCAAGAAGCUUGGCCAAGGGCAGUUUGGCAUCACCCGGAUAUGCACGAACAAGAAGACCAAAGAGAAUGCGGCGUGCAAGUCGAUCUCGAAAAGGAAGAUGACGCACGCCGAUGACAUUGACGAUGUCAAGCGCGAAAUAGAGAUCAUGCACCAUUUGGCUGGCCACCCGAACAUAGUACAGCUGAAGGGCGUGUAUGAGGAUCGCCACUACAUCCACCUGGUCAUGGAGCUCUGCACGGGGGGAGAGCUCUUUGACAGGAUUGUGGCCAAGGGGCACUACACAGAGAAGGAUGCUGCCACAGCGUGCCGAACCAUGGUGCAGGUGGUUGACCACUGCCACAAGAUGGGAGUGAUCCAUCGCGACCUGAAACCUGAGAACUUUCUGCUGGAGAACGAGAGGGACGACUGUGCGCUGAAGGCCAUCGACUUUGGGUUGUCAGUGUUCUUCAGUGAGGGCGAGAUCCUCAGUCAGAUUGUGGGCAGUGCAUACUACGUGGCGCCUGAGGUGCUGCGAAAGAAUCAUGGGAAGGAAUCGGACAUUUGGAGCUGUGGGGUUAUCCUUUACAUCUUGCUGUGUGGCGUGCCACCAUUCUACGGCGAGACAGAGAAUCAAAUUUUUGAUGCCAUUCUGCGUGGGGAACCUGACUUUAGUAGCGAACCUUGGCCAAAAAUCUCUGCCGCAGCAAGGAACUGCGUGGAGAAGAUGUUGGUCAGCAGCCCCAAAAAGCGGGCCUCUGCAGAGGAGAUCCUGAGGCACGAGUGGCUGAAGGAGAAUGGCAUCGCAAGUGACAAACCACUUGACAAUGCUGUCCUGUCACGCAUCCAGCAGUUUGCAAAUAUGAACAAGUUGAAGAAGGAGGCCCUGAAAGUCAUCGCCAUGAACCUACCAAAGGAGGAGAUUGAGGGCCUGAAACACUUGUUCCACAGUAUAGACACUGACAACAGUGGGACCAUCACGGUUGCUGAGCUCAGAAAGGGCCUGCAGAAGAAGGGGGCUCUCUUGCCAGACGCCGACCUGGAGAGUCUGAUGAGCAACAUUGACGUGGACAAGAAUGGCGUCUUGGACUACAAUGAGUUCCUUGCGGCCACCAUGAACCUGUUCAAACUGCAGAACGACGAGAAGCUGAUGAAAGCCUUUGAGCACUUCGACACAGACAACAGUGGGUACAUUACCAAGGACGAGCUGAAGGAGGGGCUCAAGUUGUAUGGUAACACUGACAAGGACAUCGAGGACAUUCUGGCUGUGGUGGACACGGACAACGAUGGGAGGAUAGAUUACGAGGAAUUCGUUGAAAUGAUGAUAGGGAAGAGCUGA